AUGUACUCAGCAGUCUUCGCCACUCUCUUACUUGCCUUGCUUGCUUUCGCUUCACCUAAUGCCAAUGUAUCCAGUUACAAUCCAUUUCAGGCAUUAAUCCUCAAGACUCCGCCGAAAUCUGGGCCACCAAUUUGCUGCUUGAAGUCGCAAAAGAAUUCCGAUCUACUGGACGACGAUGUGCUACUCCUUUCAUUUGAAGAGUGGAAGGCUAAACAGGCCGGACUGCAGGCUAGAGAGAGUGGGGAUGCCAGGAUAGAAGGACGCAACGAGAGUGGGAGAACUAACGGUGACGAUAACCAGAAUGGGGGUGGCAACAAUGAGACGGACGGCGCGCACGCUUCUGCUCCAGCGUCGAACUACCAGGACUGGGACGCUGGAUACAUCGAAGAACAAUCACCUCACUUCAGGGUGCCUUUGACCGACCGCUUCAAUUACGCCUCCUUGGAUUGUUCAGCUCGUAUCCACCUCACGCAUCGUUCGGCUAAGUCUGCUUCCUCCAUUCUCUCCUCAAAACGCGACAAGUACAUGCUCUCGCCCUGUCGUGAGGGGAAGCAGUUCGUGAUUGUGGAAUUGUGCGAAGACAUUCGAAUAGACACAGUGCAGAUGGCCAAUUACGAAUUCUUCAGCGGGGUGUUCAAGGACUUUGAGGUCAGCGUAGCCAAGACGUACAAUCCGGACAGCUGGGUCGACGCGGGGAGGUACAGGGCGAAGAAUAUUCGUGGAGUUCAAUCCUUUCACCCGCCACGAUCACUGCGAGAUUUCUACCGCUUCAUUCGUAUCGACUUCCACUCUCACUACGGGAACGAAUACUACUGUCCCAUCUCUUUACUCCGGGUUUAUGGAUUGACGCACUUGGAGCAAUGGAAGUGGGACAUGUGGGAGGCGGAAAGUAAGGCAAAGAAGGCUAGUCCCUCGGACAGAGCCAUCGAAGUUGUCGCAAUCCCAAAGCAAGUACAAUACGCCGAGCCCGUUGUCGCUGUUAUCUCAGAGAAGCAGCCAGCAGCAGAGAUUACUUCUAGGGUAUCGACGGUUUCGCUUGCAUCAUCAUCAAUUACAUCGGAUACGAUAUUGCCUUCCAUGCCAGCCAACGAAGCACCCUCGAGUUCACUAUCAUUCGAGAGCAGCUCAACGGUCACACCUGUCACUCAGUCCGCCCCUGCUACGAACACUCAUGAAAUUAACGAUAAUCAAGCUACUGGCUCUCCAUCUCCCCAUCAUUCUACGGACACCUACAUUUCAUCCCAAACCACCUCUCAAGCUACCAUCGUCACAUCGUCGUCCAAAGCAUCGUCGCACAGUGCCAAUCAAUCUCCCACAAACAGGACGGAGUCUCCGUCGUCGCCCAUCUCUUCUACAACCACCCCUCAUGCCACCCCGAUUCUCCCAUCUGACGAUUCGUCUGCAAAUACAAAUUCGUCUGUAAUCUCGACUCCCGCAUCUGUAACUUCAUUGUCGACGACAAUCGUUGCGUCUACUUUAGUCAAACCGACUGCACAAAGUUCUUCCACUGUGUCAGUUCAACAUGCCCCGCCGCCACCGCCACCAUCACCAUCCCAUGGAAGCCCUUUUGCCGCUGGCAAUGGUGAAUCCAUAUAUCGUGUUAUCAUGAAUCGAUUAAUGGCAUUGGAGACCAACCAUACACUGUACGCGAGGUACGUAGAGGACCAGAUUGGGGGUAUUAGCGAAGUCCUGAGAAGACUGAGCGAGGAUGUAGGGAGAUUAGAUGGAAUUGGCAAGGGCCAAGCGCAGAUGUUCUCUAGAACUGUCAAGGAAUGGGAGAAGUACCGGAAUAGGGCUGAUAAUCAAUACGUGGAACUCAUGCACCGCGUCAAUUAUCUUGCUGAUGAGGUCAUGCUAGAGAAACGCUUGGGCAUAGCUCAGCUGUGCCUUCUGCUCGCCGUUUUAGUGUUUAUGGGCUUGACGCGCGGUUCCAGGAUGAGUGAGGGCGAUUUGCAGUCGCUACUCGCGCAAAGGAUUGCGGACAGAGAUCGGCGCGAACGAGACCGGGAGCGAAUGAUUGGAAGGACUGGGAGACUUCCAAAUGCAGGAAGGGUGAGGGAGUGGGGUAGGAGACAUCUGAGUAGUAUCAGCGGCGACUGGGUGAAUCGUUUUGCGAGAAGUCAAAGCCGAGGGAGCGAUGAUGUCCAAACAUCGGGAGAAGCGGAGAAAGAGAACAUUGCGCCUGCCCAGCCGAAAGACCCUAAACAUGCAGGACUAGUUGAGUUCCCGUCGUUGAGCCGGAAGCCCCCAAACCACACCAAACGUCGUAUUGCUGCUAAACCUCGCUCCCGAACACCGUCUCUCCGCACCCCCCUCUCUGCAUCUAGAUACUAUCUCAAUCCAACCCACCUCAGCAGCGGAGGGUCGCCUACGACGCAUCGCGCAGCAAACGUCGAAGCACCCCCUACUUCAAUGAUCCAGAAGGCUUACUCCCAAGGCCAUAUGGGAGGGAUACCUACGACUGCAUCGUGGUCCGGUGUGGUUGGAAGAGAAGUGAUACCUCGAUCAAGCGUGAAACGAUGGGCGAGAAGUGCGCACUUACAUGAAGUCAAGAUUUCUCGCAGACACGCUCGGUCACGGACCUCGAGCGACGCCUGCGGCGAGCCCCGAGUUGGUAAGGUGGGCGGGGACAGCAACCAAGCUGCUGAUAGAAGCGAAGAAGAAGUUGGUACGGAAAGGCAGAUAGACGACGUUUUCACAUCACCGCCCUCUUCGAUGAAGGGGAAUGGGUAUCUUUCCGCAUUGGAACGAGGUCCUCUAUAUGGCCGACAUGCACCCCACUCACUAUUGGUGUAUCCUGGACCAAGUCUGGUGAGACGACGGCCCGCCGGCGGUGAGGGAGAGAGUGAUUGGGUCGAUACGGACGCUACAGAGAGUCUUGAAGGGGGCUCCGAGUUCGGUAGCCUCUAA